AAGGAGACGCACUUUAUCUUUCAGUGGUUGUGUGAACGUGACUGUGAGAGGUUCAGAAGAUCAAACAAGGAUACACUGUUGCACCAUUGUUGAUUUUCCAUGUUUGGAAAGUACAUUCAUCGUUAAGGUUAAAGCUGCAGCCCCGGGGGGAAUGAGAGAAGCCUCGUGAAUAUUUUGGUGAAGCAGUAGUCUCCUCCUGUCUGGCCCUGCUUCUAUCCUCUCCAACGUGACAAAACAAGAUGGGGAAUGGAUUAUCGGACCAUCCAGCUCUUUUCCCCUGCCUGCCCUCCUUCCAGGCUCUCCACAUUGUUAUUCUGGGGCUGGACUGUGCUGGGAAGACCACCGUAUUGUACCGGCUGCGCUUCAAUGAGUUUGUGAACACGGUCCCGACGAAGGGAUUUAACACCGAGAAGAUCAAAGUGUCCCUGGGCUCUGGCCGGCGGAAAGCAGCCUUCCACUUCUGGGACGUGGGCGGGCAGGAGAAACUGCGGCCGCUGUGGCGCUCCUACACCCGCUGCGCCGACGGCAUCGUGUUCGUGGUGGACUCAGUAGACGGCGAGCGCGUCGAGGAGGCCAAGACGGAGCUGCACAAAAUCACCCGGUUGGCCGAGAACCAGGGUGUUCCCGUGCUGGUGGUGGCCAACAAGCAGGACCUGAGGAACUCUCUCACCCUGCAGGAGAUGGAGCGCAUGCUGGCCCUGGGCGAGCUGGGCGCCUCCACGCCCUGGCACCUGCAGCCCGCCUGCGCCAUCAUCGGGGAGGGGCUGCAGGAGGGGCUGGAGAAGCUGCACGCCAUGAUCACCAAGAGGAGGAAGACGCUGCGGCAGCAGAAGAAGAAGAGAUGAAGAUGAUGAUGAUGACUAGGCACAGCAACGUCAGUCAAUGAGGACUAGCAGGAGAUACCAGCACACAGCCCCUCUGGGGGUUUUCCACGAGCCAGACACAAAAGGUUGAUCUCGAGUCAGCCGACUGUCCCGUCUCAUAACAGGCUGAGUUGUAUUAGUCCAGUGGAACUGUGUUUGUUCAGGGCCUGACCUGGUCUGGACUGGACUGGGUGUUCUCUCUGGGGCUGAUGAUAUUGAUUUGCCCCGUGAACUUUGGACAGCAACUAUCCUGUGACAACCAUACGGGUCUAAUGAUCUGUUUUCAAGGAUGUAUUACGCCAUAGCCAAAUGAUUCAAAACAGAGAACAUUUGAAGUGUCAAAGAAGGAAUAUUGACAUUCAGACUUCGGUUCUAUUCUGAGGUGUUACAAAAGUAUGUAGCCAAGUGUUCAGCAGUUUUCAGCGUGAAACAACAAUGUAAUGUUCAGUUUACCAAAGCCUGUGUUGAGAUUGAGUUCAGACAUUAAUAGGUUGCAGGUGUCAGUCCUAUUAGUAUGGUGGAACCUGCGUGUAUAUCAUGGUUUUGUUGGCCAUGUUGCACAGCGGUGGUAGGGUCACGUCAGAGGGUCGUUCACAAAUAAGCUUAAUGGUUCACAAAGAGAAUGCGCAGACGGUUCUUAAAAUGUCAAAGGAACAAAUGUGUUUCGUCAGUCAUAGAUGUUUUAGGAUUUACAGCAGCUAUUCAAUGUGACUGUCAUUUGGGGCGAGGGGUUUUUGAGUUCAGCGUCAACCCCUUGUCUCGCUGGAUCUGUCAUGUUAUUCAGAUGAUUGACAGCCUCAGUUGGCUCAGCAGGAAUACUCCCUCCUGGCUGACUGUCAAACGCCCCCCCUCCCAUCCUUCUAAGUGGCAUCCUGGUGUCAGAUCCAGCUUCCCCCACCCAGAGACAUGCCCCCCCCACACCACCCCACACCCUCCAUUCCCUAGAGACAGUUAAAUGCACUUUAUGGGCUUUUUUCUGACCUUGAAAAAUUAUUUACUUGCACCGUCUGAAUUUUGUAUGAAGUUUAUGAUAUGAAAAGAAAAAUAUGAAAUGAAAUGCUGCUUCAAAUGAAGCGUUUUAUACAAGUCGGGUGGCUGUUUCCACAUCUGUCAUCUUUUCACUCGGUGUGCGUGUGUGUGUGGGGAGGGUACGGUGUUCAUAAUUGAUGUUUGUCUGAAUAUGUUCACCUUGAAUAAAAGCAAGAACGAGACAGAGA